CGCGAUAUGUCCCCUUUCUAUUCGUCAUCACGGACAUAUAUCUGAAUUUCGCCCCGAAUGAGAAUACCAGAAAAUGCAAGAUACUGGUCUACAUUUACUCAAGUUUCGGAGUGAUAUCACUCGCUUGCUCUGAAUGCUUUUUUGUGCUCAGGACAUAUGCGCUUUGGAACAGCAACAAGAUCGUACUUGUAGCCAUGUUGUCCGCCCUUUUUGCUGUCAUGGCAUCGUUCAUCGGCAUUUGUUUUAGCGCCAUCGUUACUUCUUAUGUUACGACUAGCGCGAUCCCAGGUAUCACAGGUUGCUACCGGAGCUCAACCCGCGUCCAAUUUUUCUUGCCAUUUCUUCUCUUGUUUACCUUUCAACUGGGACUGGUCUCCUUGACGCUCAUACGUGUCGUCCAAACCUGGCGAACGUCCAAUAGCGAUAUUUACGCCGUUAUGGUGAAGCAUAAUAUAUUUUACUAUGCGUGCGGUCUGUUUCUCUCGGCCGUGAAUGUCCUUGCACCAGUAAUGUUUUCUGAUGCUGUAUAUUACUCCCUCCUUGAAGAUUUGGAGGCCUUUGUCCUUGCGCUUCUCGCCACGCGCAUGCACCUCCAUCUUUGGCAUAUCGACCAGCAGGUGUAUAGCUGCGAGACCCUCACGACGUGUAUUUCCAUGUCCGACAUGUCAUCUGCAUCCGCAGAUCGUACGGUCAUUACGGUGUGAAGUCUUAUAACGUGGUUUUGCUUAUUUGGCCUCGUUCAUGAAACAAGGUUUGACCUACGAGAUGACUGGUCGAUGAGUACCCUCUCUGUUUUGAAUCUUGACUCAUCGCAAAGCCGGCGCUACAUAAACUGUGUAGAUAUUCAUGAUCAAUGAUGAAAACUCCCGCGCGUUGCAAUAUGUUCUGGAUUCUCAUCCCACCACGGUCACUCUAUUCACGAACGUAGAUCACUUUUGCUGCAGAUCAAGCUCAUAGAUGAAAUAGGCUCUUGCGGAUCAUACUAUAUUUUCCAGGCGUCUGGCACAGGACAGCGACUAACCAAUUAUAGGC